CGUUCAUACGGAGGUUAAUGACACCGUCUACUUUCGGUUUAAAUUCACCAGGAAGUAAAGGAGGCCGGGUAAGGAAGAAUGCCACAUCGAACAUGGCAGGCUACAGAUUUCUUGGUUGUUUCCUGGUCCUUGUGGUGAUGUUGACCAAUGGGGUAUGUGAGAGGGCACCCCCCCCCGCUACAGAUGGUGGCCGGGUGGUGUGUUAUGUAAUGCAGACCUCCUUCAUGCCAGCGACAGCCAUUCCUGCUCAGCUGUGUACCCAUAUCAUUGUGGCCUUCGCUAGCAUUGAAGGUCUUACAUUGGCUCCACCCUCCUCCAAAGAUGAAGAGUUCUACCAAGGGGUAAACAGGCUCAAGUCUGUCAAUCCAUCUCUAUCGGUGAUGAUUUCUCUACAGAAGGAUUUCACCAAUGUAAUCAAAGCUAACGUCAGUCAACAACAGCAGUUUGCUAUGAACGUGUUGAACUACUUAACAAAGUAUAAGUUUGAUGGUGUUGAUUUUGACUGGGAACCUUCACAUAAAACUAGUGCUCAGGAAAAUAAAGGAUACAUGCAAGUCAUACAGAUUGUACGAAAAACCUUGGAUGAUGAAACAAGACGUCUUGGCUCUGCUUCGAAACAGAUGUCUGCUGCUCUUACACCAAACAUCCCAAGCUCACAGAUGUAUGAUGUACCAGGCCUGGCUAAAGUUCUGGACUUUGCCACAGCCAUGACAUACGAUUACCACCUUUAUAUAAAAAAUGUGGACAACACGACUGGCUACAAUAGUCCUCUGUAUGCUGCUAAGGGAGAGAGAAAGGACUACUGUGUGGAUGGGACAAUCAAGAACUACCUCACCCUGGGGAUGCCUGCAUCCAAACUUUUGCUUGGACUGCCAACCUACGGCCGUACUUACACUCUUGGUGAAGCAGACAGCCACAGCCUCCAUGCUCCAGCUGUCAGCAAGGGCAAGCCAGGACCAGUUAGGGGAGUGACAGGUGUAUACAGCUACCAGGAUGUAUGUACCGUGUUGAAGACAGCUGGAGGAACUAGUGUCUGGGAUGACCAAUCAAAGGUUCCAUACCUCUACGCUGGAACAACAUGGGCAUCGUAUGAAGGCAUACAGAGCAGCACCAAUAAG